CUCCUCCGCCCACGCCUCUAUUUAAGCCAAGCCUAGCCCUCUUCCUCCCCCAAGCCAUCGCGCUUCUCUCUCUCUCUCUCUUCGUUUCUCCGUUUCUCUCUCUCUACCUCUCGCCAAGAAACCGCCAGGAAAGGAAGGAAGGUAAAAAGAAAAAGAAGCCAUGGCUCCGAGAGAAAAGCCCAGCGUCGCCGCCAUCCCAAACCCUAACGGCGCCAAGGAAAUCCGUUUCCGGGGCGUCCGGAAGAGGCCCUGGGGCCGCUACGCCGCCGAGAUCCGGGACCCCGGCAAGAAGACCCGGGUGUGGCUCGGCACCUUCGACACCGCCGAGGAGGCCGCCCGCGCCUACGACACCGCCGCCCGCGAGUUCCGCGGCGCCAAGGCCAAGACCAACUUCCCCACCUCCGCCGAGCUGAUCUCCUCCUCCCGCAGCCCCAGCCAGAGCAGCUCCCUCGACGAGCCCUCCCCCCCGCCGCCGGCCGGGGCCGUCCAGGCCGCCGCCCUCGGCCCGCCCCUCGACCUCAGCCUCGGCCGCCACCCCGUCGCCGUCGCCGCCGCCGCCGGGCCCGGGCCUUACUUCCCCGGCGCGGCCGCAAUGUGCUUCCCGGUGAUGCCCCCGCCGCCGCGGCCGGUGUUCUUCUUCGACGCCUUCGGCCGCAUGGAGCAUAAGAAGGCGGGCGGCGCUUUCCUGGAGGCGUGCAGGUUCGACCGCCCCAUGCUGGCGGACUUUCGCCCGGUGAUCGGAGCCGGGGUCAAGAGCGAGCCCGUCUCCUCGGCGUCAGCGGCGGCGGAGUACGACAGGCCGGCGCGCGGCAAAUCGCUCCUCGACCUCAACCUCCCCCCACCGGAGGUGGCCUGAAAUUUUUCCCCGCGUAGAUCGGCGGAUCGGGACGAUGGAAUUUUUGGAUCCUUUUGUUUUUUGGUUGUUGGUUUCAUCGGUUUGUUAAGGACGUGCUCUCAGCCUGAUGCAAGAUCCAUGCUCUGCUGCUGACGACAACGACGGACGACGACGACGCCGACGGACGACGAUAGAAUCAUGUACAUAGAAAAGACGAUGACGAUGACGAUGACGAUGAUGAUUAACCUCCUACUUGUUGCCUCUUUUUUGCAACUGAGAAAAGCGAAAAGACUAGGGUUUUCUCGAUGUUGUUUUUGGGUUCUUUGCUUCCACCAUAAAUGAAAUCGGCGAUGUCAUUUCACAGUUC